GAAAUGACUAAAAGACAAGUCAGUGGGUGUUAUCGUCUCUCUUGUGAGCUUCUAUUGCUUCCUUUUCAUGGAGAUUGCUAUUGUCAAUUCCACAGUACGUAGAACACAUCCUGGGGUUUAUGAUACUGUUGAGGAAGGUCAAAGUCAAUUGGAAUAAGAGUUUUAGAGGUGUUUCCAAAAUGUCCAGUCCCAGGCAUCCGUCUAAUAGUCCCCGUUUCGCAUCAAAACUGGAGCAGCAUCAAUACAGCUGGGAUGAGACUGGAGUUGUGUUUGGUGGCAAAACAAAUCAAGGGCAGAGUUCGUCCACUGUAAAAACUGCAACACGAACAACAUCAUCUCCUUUGCCAUACAAAAGUUCUAUGAAAUCAAGAACUUUUCAAGCUCAAGUUGGCAGCAAUCCCUAUGAAUCAUCAUCUGUUCCAAGCCAGCGGAGUCCAUCCAUUCGCAGUAAUUAUAGUUGCCAAAGCAUUUAUUCAGACGCUUCUGUAACAUCCUCAGCUCUCAAUAGUAGAUCGAGUAGAUCGAACAGCCGAGACAACCCACCUCGCAGCCCAAAAAUCACAACCACUUUUGCUAACAGUGAUGACGAUCAGUCAUCGUAUUACCAUACGCCGUCCUCUGGCGGCUCUAGGUCACCGAAGAGUGUCUACUCUAAUGAAAGUUCAGUGGACUCGACGUCUUCAAUAUUUUACAGUGAUGCUCAAAGGCAAGUAUCUCCCAGGCGAAGUCCACAUAAGCCGUGUACAUUUGUUUUUGAAGCCAUAAGUCCUGUUGCCGAAUCGCCGAGUAGAAAAUUUGAGUACUAUGAACCUGUAUCACCUGACGUAAGUGACGACGUAGAUGGAUGCUUUUUCGAUAAUCGCCACCCUGCAUCACCAUUGUCCCCUAAUAUAUAUGAGCCUAAUCGCAAAAAUUCAAGUAAGUUAGUACGAUCAAGCCCCUCGGAAAAUUUACCCCGGUUUGAUACCAAAAAUGUUUCGAUUCGAAAAGAGGAAUGGGACAUGACAGUGUCUUCGAACAUAGGCGGCUAUCAAGGGUUAGGUCCACAAAGUUAUUAUGCCAAAAGAGAUUCUUGCAUCACAGAAUGUACCCAAUUGUCCGUGGAAUCGGAAUCUAGUACAGUGGCCACUACAACAACAUCAUUUAGCUAUUCUGAUACUUCUACUAGGCAAACCUCAUCGGAUCAAACGCAAGAUGUUAGUCCGCUAGUUGAGCAGGAGCCCGUUGUUCGUAAACGAAGGCACGCCAUAAACAUAACAUCUAAUCCAGGCUAUCAGGUUCUCCAUAGUUCACACUCCACAUUGGAUCGUACCUGCUCCGACAGCAUAGUUUCCCUACGCUAUAGAAAAUCAACGAGCGAUUUAACCAAAGAAACCGAAGAAGAUAAAAACAAGACUAAAAUAGGUGGCGAACCUUCAACUCCAAGUGCUGGCAACAACAUUAAACCACGCAGGCGAGGAAGUUCCAAGGGUGGACUGGCGUAUUUAGCUAGUCGCCGUAGCUCUCGUGAAUCCAUGAAGAGUGCCUGUUCAAAUGCAUCCUUGGUAUCAAAUGAUGAUAUAGGUCCAUUAGCAUUUCAAGCUUCUAAUCGGGGUCGUCAAAGGAGAACCUCUAAUUUUCUUGAGUUACCAGUUCCCGACCACUUUAGACCACGAGUUUGUUCCUUGCCCGACCGUCCAUACAAUCCCAGGGUGAGCGAUGAUCUUUAUCGUUUGAGACACUUUUCAAUAAGCAAGGGAAAUGUAGUCAAUUGUGGAGACUCCAUUAUAUCACGGCGAUCGCGCAGUAAUACCAGUGUAAAUUCCACAAACAGCAGGGCAAGUGAACGCUCUCCCUUCGAUGGAUCAUGCUGUGGUGGAGGUUAUGCAAACGUAGAUUCUGUACCAGCUUCUCCAGACGAGGAUUCGGAGAAUGUCGAGCCAACCCCCCCACCACGAUAUCGCGUUGUAAUGCUGGGUGAUGCAGGCGUUGGAAAAACUGCGCUAGUCAAUCAAUUCAUGACAUCGGAAUACAUGCACACCUAUGAUGCCAGUCUAGAUGAUGAAUUCGGUGAAAAGACGGUCAGCGUUCUUUUGGACGAUGAAGAGUCCGAGUUGGUUUUUAUCGACCAUCCAAGCGUUGAAAUGAGCGUGGAGAAUUCAUUGUCAACCUAUGAACCCCAUGGAUGUGUAGUGGUUUUCUCAAUCGUUGAAAAGGCAUCCUUCCGUGUUGCCGAGGAAAUAGUCAAUUAUCUGUGGCAAGAAAACUAUACAAAAGAGAAAGCUGUCAUUCUCGUCGGAAACAAAGCGGAUUUGGCGCGUUCACGCUCCAUAUCAUCACAAGAUGGAAAAUCGUUAGCAGCUUCCCGCGAUGUAAAAUUCAUAGAGACGUCUAGUGGAAUUCAGCACAACGUAGAUGAGCUACUGGUGGGUGUUUUAAAACAGAUGCGACUUAAGGAAUCGCGGGAGAAAAAGGCUAAUUCAUCUAAAAUGAGGACAUCCCGCACCCACAUAUCACUGCAAAUGGCGAAAGAAAUACUACACAAGAUUUGUUUAAGUGAUAUUUCAAAAUCAAAAAGUUGCGAAAAUCUACACGUUUUGUAAACCUUGAUCAUGUCAUAUUUUUUUUUAAUUGCGAUUGAUUUACCUCGUUUACAGUAUAUUUUUUAACAUGGUUCACUCCUAUUCAAAAAACAAAAAAAAACAAACCUUAA